GGCGGAAGUCUGGAAGUCUGUUCCAAACAGUAAUCAUUCCAACACGGAGUGUGAAGUGUCAGCAUCUCUCCAGUCGCACGCCCAUCAUUCGUGGUAACCAUUCUCUUGUUGUCGUCUGCAUUUUCAUUUACCAAUAUUUUGACGCUUUUGACAUGCUUGCUCAGGUUAAAUAUUGCACCAUAGAUACGAAUUUUUAACCAACUGGGUGGACAAUAAUUUUGCAGAAGAAUUGUGCGCCGCGCGUCUUUAUUUUUCUUGAGCGCUAAUCAUCACUUGUGUUUAUUCAUCUACAACAAUUAUUUCCUGCCAUCGUGGUAGGUCGGCUGUGUAGCCGUCUCUCAAACAUAGCAAAGGAUUAAGUUACAGCUGGUGGCGGAUUAUUCUAUUGCCUUCCUCUUGUCAAGGUCUAGUCUUCGGCCUUUAGCUUUUCCAAUUGAGGUUGCCUGAAAUCGAGGUACAGUAACUGAAAAAAUGUCAAUUUUGUUUGACUAAAACAGCUUGCUAUUGUAUUUACCUCGCCUAAUCUCCUAAACCCUCACAUUGUCGAACCGCUUCUCCAUCAGGUAGGGCAGGAUACUUUUAGGCUAUUUGUCGUGUUAUAUUCCCUUCGUUGUAUUUUGUGUCCUUUUUCUUCACCAGAUGCUGCUCCUCUACUAAUCUCACUGCAACUCCCCUCCAAGUCUCCGACCACUACUUUGUUUCCUUUUCUCUCUCGCUCUCCUCCCACACUACUCACUCUGCCCCUACACAGAUGGUAAUGCGCCGCCGCAACCUUCGCUCUCUCUCUCCCACUACUCUCUCCUCUUCCAUCCUAUCAUCUCUUCCCUCUGCUCAAUCCUUCUCCCUCCAAUCUCCUGAUUCUGCCUCCUCAACCCUCCUCUCCUCCCUUUUUUCAUCCUUUGACUCUCUGUGUCCCCUAUCCUCCCGGCCGGCUGGGUUUCCCCCCCCCCACUCCGUGGCUUGAUGACUCACUGCGAGCUCACAGAACAGAGCUCCGGCAGGGGAGAGGAAUGGAAGAAAACUAAACUCCCUACCGACCUGGCAUCUUUUCACUCCCUCCUCCUCUCUACAUUUUCUUCAUCUGUUUUCUGCUGCUAAGGCCACCUUCUACCACUCUAAAUUCCAAGCAUCUGCCUCUAACCCUAGGAAGCUCUUUGCCACAUUUUCCUCCCUCCUGAAUCCUCCUCCCCCCCCCCCCCCACCUCCUCUCUCUCUGUGGAUGACUUCGUCAACCACUUUGAAAAGAAGGUUGACGACAUCCGAUCCUCGUUUGUUAAGUCUAAUAACACUGCUGGUCCUGCUCACACUGCCCUACCCUAUGCUUUGACUUCUUUCUCCCCUCUCUCUCCAGAUAAAAUCCUGCGACUUGUGACUGCAGGCCGCCCAACAACCUGCCCGCUUGACCCCAUCCCCUCCUCCCUUCUCCAGACCAUCUCCGGUGACCUUCUCCCCUACCUCACCUCGCUGAUCAACUCAUCCUUGACCGCUGGCCAUGUCCCUUCCGUCUUCAAGAGAGCGAGAGUUGCUCCCCUCCUCAAAAAACCAACACUCGACCCCACUGAUGUCAACAACUACAGACCAGUAUCCCUUCUUUCUUUUCUUUCCAAAACUAUUGAGCGUGCCGUCUUUAGCCAACUCUCUUGCUAUCUCUCUCAGAAUGACCUUCUUGAUCCAAACCAGUCAGGUUUCAGGACUGGUCAUUCAACUGAGACUGCUCUUCUCUGUGUCACGGAGACUCUCCGCACUGCUAAAGCUAACUCUCUCUCCUCUGCUCUUGUCCUUCUAGACCUGUCUGCUGCCUUUGAUACUGUGAACCAUCAGAUCCUCCUCUCCACCCUCUCCGAGAUGGGCAUCUCCGGCGCGGCUCACUCCUGGAUUGCGUCCUACCUGACCGGUCGCUCCUACCAAGUGGCGUGGCGGGAAGCUGUCUCCGCACCACGUGCUCUCACCACUGGUGUCCCCCAGGGAUCGGUUCUGGGCCCUCUCCUUUUCUCCCUAUACACCAAGUCACUUGGCUCUGUCAUAUCCUCACAUGGUCUCUCCUAUCAUUGCUACGCUGACGAUACACAACUAAUCUUCUCCUUUCCCCCUUCUGAUAACCAGGUGGCGAAUCGCAUCUCUGCAUGUCUGGCAGACAUAUCAGUAUGGAUGACGGAUCACCACCUCAAGCUGAACCCUGGCAAGACGGAGCUGCUCUUCCUCCCGGGGAAGGACUGCCCGUUCCAUGAUCUCGCCAUCACGGUUGACAACUCCGCUGUGUCCUCCUCCCAGAGUGCGAAGAGCCUAGGCGUGACCCUGGACAACACCCUGUCGUUCUCCGCCAACAUCAAGGCGGUGACCCGCUCCUGCAGGUUCAUGCUCUACAACAUUCGGAGAGUGCGACCCUGCCUUACACAGGAAGCGGCGCAGGUCCUGGUCCAGGCACUUGUCAUCUCCCGUCUGGACUACUGCAACUCGCUGUUGGCUGGGCUCCCUGCCUGUGCCAUUAAACCCCUACAACUCAUCCAGAAUGCCGCAGCCCGUCUGGUGUUCAACCUUCCCAAGUUCUCUCACGUCACCCCCCCUCCUCCGCACACUCCACUGGCUUCCAGUUGAAGCUCGCAUCCGCUACAAGACCAUGGUGCUUGCCUAUGGAGCAGUGAGGGGAACGGCACCUCUGUACCUUCAGGGUCUGAUCAGUCCCUACACCCAAACGAGGACAUUGCGUUCAUCCACCUCUGGCCUGCUGGCUCCCCUUCCUCUGCGGAAGCACAGCUCCCGCUCAGCCCAGUCAAAACUGUUCGCUGCUCUGGCACCCCAAUGGUGGAACAAGCUCCCUCACGACGCCAGGACAGCGGAGUCACUCACCACCUUCCGGAGACAUUUGAAACCCCACCUCUUUAAGGAAUACCUGGGAUAGGAUAAAGUAUUCCUUCUAACCCCCCCCCCCCCCCCCCCAAAUUGUAAAGUGGUUAUCCCACUGGCUAUAGGGUGAACGCACCAAUUUGUGAGUCGCUCUGGCUAAGAGCGUCUGCUAAAUGACGUUAAUGUGCCCUUGAGCAAGGCACUUAACCCUAAUUGCUCCUGUAAGUCGCUCUGGUUAAGAGCGUCUGCUAAAUGACUAAAAUGUAAAUGUAAAUGUAUAUGGGUAUUUUCUGACCCACCUUUUCCAUUAAUGUUGAUGCUGAUAAUAAUGUGAACAGUGCAUCUACAGUAUUUGCAAACUACACCUACCACUCUCGGUGAUAUUCUUACAUUCAAAUGAUCUGAAUGCAAGGCAACAUUUGUCACCUUCACGUUAUUAUAGCGUACUAUUACACAUGUUAACACCCUUGAUUAGAUGGAUACUGUAGUGUCAACUGUAAAGCAUUGGGUAGCACCCCCUCCCCUCUGUGGUCAUCUCUAGCCCCCCCCCCCCCCCCCCCACUGUUCUUUUUAGAACUGACUGACCCACAUUAUGGGAGAAUUUGGCUGUUGCACAUGAUUUCCUUACUUCCUUAUCCGCAGCCUUAACAUUAAUUAAAUGUUACUGACUAGCUUAAUAUACAUUUCUUUAUUGGUCAGUGCCAUAUUGUGUACCCCUAUCAGCUCGUAUUGGUGAUAGGGGUUUCACAGAAACAGGAAGAGACCAUUUGUUUUAAGCUUGACUCUUGACAUUGUAGCCUCCUUGAGGAUGUUCUUAAAAGAACAUGGCUCGAAAAGUUUUGGAACUCAUAGGCAUACCAGCUACCACGUGCCAAUUAGUUUUGACUUGCAAUAAGCAAAACUAGCACCACCAGAAUUCAAAUUAAUUCUAACCGCCACUUGCAUGUGAGUGUCUCAUUUACAUUUACAUUUACGUCAUUUAGCAGACGCUCUUAUCCAGAGCGACUUACAAAUAGGUGCAUUCACCUUAUAGUCAGUAGUACAACCACUUUACAAUGUUUUUUUUUUUUUUUUUAGGGGGGGGGGUGGGUUGGGGUAAGGGGGGGUAGAAGGAUUACUUGUCUCAAUAUGUAUUUGAUGUGGUAGAUGUAUUGGAACAUUUCUCGGUUGGGGUGUGGCUGCAUAGGCUACAUCAUUAAAUGUUGAGGAUUAAAACCUCCACAUCGAUUUGUCAAUGUUAUUGCUUAGGGUGCAUUAUGGUUAACAAAUAAGAUCUCCCUCUUCAGUAAUGUCGUUCCGAAGAGGCGUGGUCAGACAGAGCAAGUUCAGGCACGUUUUCGCACAGGCUUGGAAGGCGGAGCACUGCAUCGAUGAUGUCCGAGUGUCCCGCGUCACAUGGGACGGGCCCCUCUGCGCUGUGAACCCCAAAUUCACCGCAGUCAUCAUCGAAUCAGGCGGAGGAGGGGCCUUCCUCGUUCUGCCACUCAACAAGGUUUGUACUCGCCAAUUUACAUUUAAGCAUCCAACCUCUCUCAGAUUGAGGAUAAGCAUCGGAUCAAUACCCUAAAAGUGCCAUCGUAUUCCCGAUGACCUACUGUUUUCGGGCAAUUCCAUGGGAAUGGAAUUAUGCUGAGACUCAGAUUUUUCACAUAAAAUAUAUAUACCAAACAAAACCAUUGAUUUCAAAGUUUAACAAACCAUAGAACUCUAUACAAAAGGACUACUUUAAAAAAUGCAUUCAGAGGAAGAACUGUGCAGAUACAAAGUUUAGAAUAAAACUGAGGGCGAUUUUACCGUAAUUCUGUUACAGUUUUUCUAGUAAAAGUUACUUUUUUAUUUUUAUUUACUGUGUAAAUUGUUCAAAGUAGUCAUUGUGCAUAGAGUUGUAUGGUUUGUUCAACUUUGAAAUCAUGGUUUUUGUUUGGCAGACAUUUUAAAGUGAAAAAUCAGUCUCAGCAUAAUUCCGUUACUGUGGAAUUCAAAUCAAAUCAAAUCAAAUUUUAUUGGUCACAUGCGCCGAAUACAACAGGUGCAGACAUUACAGUGAAAUGCUUACUUACUGUGUAAAUUGCUCUUACUCCACUGCCAUUACUGGAUGGGUUGUAGCAAUAUGUCAGCAACUCUGACCCACUAAUUGGUUUCAUGUAAAACAGUGGUUGGUGAGAAGUACUGAGAUCUACCUCGGAUGUUGUGACUUAUCUGAUGAUGAAUUGUCACCAGGCCCACCUUACACCUGCUUCUUUCCCACAGAGUGGCAGGAUUGACCAGGCCACUCCCACGGUCUGUGGACACGCAGCCCCGGUGCUGGACGUCCAGUGGUGUCCUCAUGACGACAACAUCAUCGCCAGUGCCUCGGAGGACUGCACCGUAAAGGUGAGUGAUGGGAACGUAGCUGCCCUCUAAAAAAGCAGCUUAACCAGUUCACUGUAGUCUAUGAUAAAACGUUAAACCCUUGUCCAGAUCUUUGCUUUGAUUUAGGCGGACUGCUGGAUUAUAGUCAUAAGUGUUCAUUAAGGAGACAUAGCAGAUGCACUAUUAUAUGAUGGCAUUAUGUUGGCCUUAUGAUAGAUGCAUUACUAUCCAGAGGGAAUAUCUGUGUUGAGAAUGCUGCAGAUACUGUCAUAUACAGUCAUUGGUUAGGCCUAUAGAGUAGAAACAAAGGGUCAGUUGUCAAAGUGUUGUCAUUGGUUGUGUUGUCUAUGACAGGUGUGGGAGAUCCCUGAUGGAGGGCUGACUGGGCCAAUGACAGAGCCCGUAGUGACACUGGAGGGCCACAGCAAACGAGUGGGGAUCCUGGCCUGGCACCCGACAGCCUUCAACAUCCUCCUAACUGCAGGUAACCUCACCUAUCUGCACCUCAUUGUCUCACGUCAGAUAGUGUGAUCAUAAUGCCGUGGCCGUCUGAGAGAGGACAACGCAUGGCAGAGGACAAUGUCUGCACCUCAAAUAGUGUAUGUCUUUGGACUAUCCAGCCCGGUAGCGAUGCCUCUUGUAUCAAUGAAUGUGUUGGUUAAAAGGCAAGGAAAGGUAGACAUGGUAGGGGCACAAUUUGAUCCCCAGGUCCAUGAUGAUGUGAGACCUCUUAUGUUAGGACUUUUAUUUUGAUGGAUAAUAGCUCUGUAGUCUGAGAAAGAAUAAAUUAGUGUUUUAAGAGGGAAGUGUUGCAUGUUGUCACACUUACACCUGGAAAUGUAGACAUGCUGAUACAGACACAGCUUGGUCACGAGUCAGGGUAGGAUGUAGCUAGCUAGUUAGCCACCCAUGUGUCGAACAUUGGACCCUAUGUGAUUGCCAGAGAAAGCUAACAUGUAGCAGGAAAUGUAAAUAGUGAGAGUCGAAGGACCGCUCUAAACGUACUGGAGAGGUGUUACAUGACAGACGGUUCAAUUCCCAAUGCAUUAUACAAGCCAGGAAUUGAGUUUCCUUCUCUUGCAAUUAACAGCAUGUGAUUAUUAUUUGACCCUGCUGGUCAUCUAUGAACGUUUGUACAUCUUGAAGAACGAUCUGGCCUUAAUGGCCAUGUACUCUUAUAAUCUCCACCCGGCACAGCCAGAAAAGGACUGGCCACCCCUCAGAGCCUGGUUCCUCUCUAGGUUUCUUCCUAGGUUCCUGCCUUUCUAGGGAGUUUUUCCUAGCCUCUGUGCUUCUACUUCUGCUUCUGCAUUGCUGUUUGGGGUUUUAGGCUGGGUUUCUGUAUAAGCACUUUGUGACAUCUGCUGAUGUAAAAAGGGCUUUAUAAAUACAUUUUAUUUGAAGUGCUUUGCAAGUUUAAAGGAGAAUGAGGUAGGUUAACAUGAAACUAAAGAGGUUUCAAGAGGUCAUGGGAAGAUUUCAAAUGUUGAAAGCAAUUUGAUUUGUCUGUUUGUCUGCGUUACUUAGGAUGUUAUGUCUAUUUGCAUGCUUUUCAUAUACAAAUUUGAUUGCGUCCAUAUGACAUUUGCGUUUACGUUUUAGUUGUCUGUGAACUCAGAUAACUACUGCACACAUGAUUUUACCUCUACACAUUUGUUGUGGUUGACGUCUUAGUUAACUAAGAUUGGUAGUGUGCAUGUUAACCCUCUACUGUAAACUUUUUGUCUGUGCUUUCCUAGAUGUUGUGUAUAUGUCUGUUUUGACUGUUGCAUCUCUUCUUUAUUCUCUCUCCCUCUCGCUUGCUCUCUGUGUGUCUCUCUCUCUCUCUCUCUCUCUGUCUCUCUCUCUCUCUCUCUCUCUCUCUCUCUCUCUCUCUCUCUCUCUCUCUCUCUCUCUCUCUCUCUCUCUCUCUCUCUCUCUCUCUCUCUCUCUCUCUCUCUCAGGCUGUGAUAACCUGGUGUGUGUGUGGGAUGUGGGCACGGGGGAGCUGGUGUACCAGAUAGGCGAUGCCCACCCCGACCUGAUCUACAGCGUGAGCUGGAACCGGGACGGCAGUGCCAUCUGCACCGUGUGCAAGGACAAGGCGCUGCGUGUCAUCGACCCACGACGGGGCACCGUCCUCAAGGUGAGUCCCGUCUGUCCCAUGUAGUAUGACACACCCAUGCAAAUGAAUGGAAAUAAGUCGUACAGAGAUUUAGAUAAAAUGACGAGAUACCUAUGUCUCCACCUUAACAAUGGGAUUCGUUGUCCACAGAGCGGAACGGCGGGCUGUCAAGCUCCCGUCUAUUCCUCUCUUUGGAUUGAUGGAUACAUUUAGUUAUUUUAAUACUUUUUUGAAUAUUCGAUUAGGGAUGUUGACGUCAACCACCUGUAUUCAAUGGAGAGAGAUGCUAUGCUACUAGCCACAUGUCAUGAAUAUGCAUAGCCAUCUCGAGAUAAUUCUGAUAUAUAUAUAUAUAUAAUAUAUAUAUAUUUUUUUUUUUGCAGUGAUGUCACAUGUCCUACUUAUAUCAUUACGCUCGUAACAACCUAAGUAUUACUAAACUUCUAUUAGCUCAAAUAAACCUCACGUAGCAAAUAAGCCAUUACAUUUUUUGUUGACCAAAUUCGACACUCAUUGACCUCCAUACAAAAACUCCUGGCUUGUUGAGCGAAAGAAACGAAACAAAUUUGUCUGGAGAAGACAGAUUUUUUCGCUCGGCUGUCCCUCUCACUUUGCCUUUUCCUCUGGUCUUUAGUACCAAUAACAGUACAACUUUACUGUCCUUCAAGGGGAAAUUCACCAACACAAAGUGGACUGUAACACAUAAGCUCUCCACUGCUUAAGAAAAUAUCCUGCUUAUGAAAGAAAAUAUGAUUCAGCCAAAUCCCCCAAAUAAUGUAUAUUGUAUAAGUUUGUAUGAACUCUACCUUCUGUACAUAUGACUUUUGACAUUGACUCUACCUACCACUUGUUGCUGUGUCUCAGGUGAAAGAGAAGGUCCACGACGGCACCAGGCCCAUGAGGGCCGUGUUCCUCUCCGACGGGAAGAUCCUGACCACAGGCUUCAGCCGCAUGAGUGAAAGGCAGCUAGCCUUGUGGGAUACGGUAUGUCGGCUGGAUGGAUACAUUUCAUAUACACUGAGGACACCAAACAUUAGGAACACUUUCCUAAUAUUGAGUUGCACCCCCCCCCUUUUGCCCUCAGAAGAGCCUAAAUUUGUCGGCGCAUGAACUCUACAAGGUGUCAAGCGUUCCACAGGGAUGCUGGACUAUGUUGACUCCAAUGCUUCCCACAGUUGUGUCAAGUUGGCUGGAUGUCCUUUGGGUGGUGGACCAUUCUUGAUACACACAGGAAAUUGUUGAGUUUGAAAAACCCAGCAGUGUUGCAGCUCUUGACACAAACCGGUGCGCCUGGCACCUACUGCCAUACCCUGUUCAAGGGCACUUAAAUAUUUUGUCUUGCCCAUUCACCCUAUGAAUGGCACACAUACACAAUCCAUGUCUCAAUUGUCUCAAGGCUUAACAAUCCGUCUUUAACCGGUCUCCUCCCCUUCAUCUACACUGAUUGAAGUGGAUUUAACAAGAAACAUCAAUAAGGGAUCAUAGCUUUCACCUGGAUUCACCUGGUCAGUCUAUGUCAUGGAAAGAGCAGGUGUUCCUAAUGUUUUGUACACUCAGUGUACAUGACCUUGUUGAGUCUUAUGGGAGUGUAUGGUAGAGGAGUGUGUUGUGCUGAGGUGUCAUGACAGUACAGUACAGGUCAGCCCUGUUUAUUUUCCCUUGACGCAGCACCUAGGGGUUCAAUACACACACUUACCAAGUAGUGGGAGCUAAAUAAACACUGUAACUGUAAACAGUGGAAUCUUCAUAGUGCCUUGGAAAGGUAGCUAGAUCAACAGGUUCAGCUGCUACGUGUUCAGCCAGGCGCAGCAGUGACGUACAUUAUCAGCAUGAGAUUAAAUACAUUCAAAUCCAAGCUCAUAGUUUCAGGUUUUAUUAGUCGUAAAGGAUACACAUGGUAUACACCGUCCAAUGAAAUGCUUACGUUUAGGUUCCUUCUCAACAAUGCAACAACAAUAAGAAAUAAUAAAAGAUAAGAAUACGAACAUAAAGUAAAUGGCAGUAGAAUAGAAUAAACAUUUUAGCAUCAGUAUAAUACAGGAAGGCACAAUUUAUAGUCCAAUAUUUACACCUGUAUCAGGGAAGGGGGGAUUGGGGGGAAAUGUUAACAUUUGUUAGCAUUACAGUGGGGGGGAAAUGUUAACAUUUGUUAGCAUUACAGUGGGGGGGAAAUGUUAACAUUUGUUAGCAUUACAGUGGGGGGGAAAUGUUAACAUUUGUUAGCAUUACAGUGGGGGGGAAAUGUUAACAUUUGUUAGCAUUACAGUGGGGGGGGAAAUGUUAACAUUUGUUAGCAUUACAGUGGGGGGGAAAUGUUUACAUUUGUUAGCAUUACAGUGGGGGGGGAAAUGUUAACAUUUGUUAGCAUUACAGUGGGGGGGAAAUGUUAACAUUUGUUAGCAUUACAGUGGGGGGGAAAUGUUUACAUUUGGCAGUAUUAGCAAUAGUAAAUACGAGUCUGGUAGCAGCGCGUGCGUGAAUGAGUAAGUGAUUGCACUCAGACCUCAUGCUCCGAUACGGUCUGCCUGACGGUAAGGGAGUGAACAGCUCGUGGCUGAGGUGUGUGGGGUCCUUGAUGCUGCAGGACUUCCUCAGGCACCGUUUCAGGUAGAUGUCCUGGAUGGGUGGGAACACAGCCCCAGUGAUGUACUGGGCCCUCUUCACCACCCGCUGGAGGGCCUUGCGGUCGUGGACAGAGCAAUUCCUGUACCAGGCCGGUCAGGAUGCUCUUGAUGGUGCAGCGGUAGUAUUUGGAGAGGACCCGGGUGUUGUUGGUCCAUGUCAAAUCAUAGGUGAUGUGUACGCAGAGGAACUUAAAAAUGCUGACUCUUUCUACUGCAGUCCCGUUGAUGUUGUUCGGGGGCUUGUUCUCUCCUCUGCUUCCUGAAGUCAACAAUCAACUCCUUUGUUUUGCUGACGUUGAGGGAGAGGUUGUUGUCCUGGCAACACAAUGCCAGUUCACUUACCUCCUCCCUAUAGGCUGACUCAUUGUUGUUGGGAUCAGGCCUACAACCGUGGUGUCGUCAGCAAACUUGAUGAUGGAGUCGGUGUCGUGCAAAGCCACGCAGUCGUGGGUGAACAGGAGGUACAGCAGAGGGCUGGGGACACACCCCUGGGGGGCCCCUGUGUUAAAUCACUGUGGAGGAGGUGUUGUUGCCAAUCCUCACAGCCUGUGGUCUUCCCGUCAGGGCUCUGCAUUUGGUGACGAGCUUGUAGGGAACAAUUAGUAUUGAAUACUGAACUGUAGUCAAUGAACAGCAUUCUCUCAUGCAGAUGUUCUAAUUAUGGUAUGUGUGUUGCAGAGUGAUAUGUCUGAGCCAAUGGCAGUGCAGGAGAUGGACACCAGUAACGGUGUUCUCCUUCCCUACUACGACCCUGACACUAACAUGGUCUACCUGUGUGGAAAGGUACAGUACAUCCAUUUCCUUCAACACUUUCAACAAUUUCUGCUGGCGGCAUAUGAUCGGAUUAGAAGAUCUCCCCCCUCCUGAUGUUUGGUUCAGUCCCAUUUAUCUGUUGAUCACUCUCAGGGGGACUGCACCAUCCGGUACUUUGAGGUGACGGACGAAUCGCCUUACGUCCAUUUCCUCAGCCUGUACAGCAGUAAAGAGCCCCAGCGAGGAGCAGGCUUUCUCAGCAAGAGGGGCGUGGACGUCAACAAGUGUGAGAUAGCCAGGUGAACAGGUUUUUCAGCGUGUCUUCAUGGUUGUUAGUUGAAUUCUUCCUCUGUGUAUUUAUACCCUUUGUUCUGUUUUUCACCCCUCCUCUCCCCCUUUCAUGCCCUCCCACUGUAAUUCAUUUCUAUCUUUCUUUCUUUCACUCUCUUUCAUUAUCUUUCAUUCAUUCACUUUUUCAUUCACUCUCUCUGUCUCCUCUCUCUCGCAUAUUGCAGGUUCUACAAAUUGCAUGAGAGGAAAGUAGAGCCCAUUUCUAUGACAGUACCACGGAAGGUAAACCAUGCAUUUCGAAACAAAGACAUUUGAAGUCUAAGGACUAAGGCCAUAUUCCAAUAGCCACACUAGCAUCCCACAUAGAAUCCAUGCCCAAAACAUGACAUUCUACUAAGUGGCAUGUUAAUGUGGAUAUUGGAACAGGGAGUUUUAUUUAAACCACCCUCUCCCCCUCCCCUCUCUCUUGCCUCCUCAGUCAGACCUGUUCCAGGGGGACCUGUACCCGGACACGGCCGGUGUGGAGCCCUCCCUCCUGGCCGAGGACUGGAUCGCUGGGCAGGACGCGCCGCCCCUGCUUGUCUCUCUGAGCGGGGGCUACGCUGGCGCCCCCUCCAAGCACAGAGACAACCUCAGGAACAAGCCCAAGCUGCUGUCACAGGGCUCCGGGAAGGAUUCUUCCCCAGUCCCCCAGCAGGCCGCCUCGCCCACGGCAACCACCACCACCGCCGUCACCAGGGAAAUGGAGAGCGAGGGGGUGGGGGUGGUGCAGCAGAGGGUUACUCAAGGAGAAGGAGCAUCCGAUAGGGUGAAAAGAGAGGUGAGAAUGGAGUUUGGGUAUGGCAGUAAGCAUAGCAGGGCUGUAUUCACUAGUGCACACUGUAGCAAAACGUUUUAUAACGAGAGUUUCUUAUUGCUCAAGUUCAGGUUGUCUCCCUUAGAGAAAUAGGUAUGAGUAUGGACAUAGAAGUGCCAGAAAAGUGACGAUUUAGGAUGUCAUCAUGUAUGUGACUGCAUUCUCCCUCUUCACCUCCCUCUCGCCCCUUCCUUCCUUCAUCCAUCCAUCCCUCCAUCCCUCUUCCCCUUUCCAGGAGGAGGUGCUGAGCGAGGUGCUAGCGGAGGUGAAGGCCCUGCGUUCAGUGGUCUUGGCCCAGGGCCAGAGGAUCGAGCUGCUGGAGAGGCAGCUGGUCCGCAUUGAGGACGGGGACGUCUGAUUGGCCGAGGGGCGUCACCACUACACCCAAAGGGCAUUCUUACUAAGACUCCAUAGACCAUAGCCUUACUAGAAUCAACAGCAGUACCUUAAGCUGUUUGGGAGUGGGAUGAUGUAGUGAAGUAUAGCUCAGUGACUAACUGUGUGAAUCACAGAGGGGUCGAGAAUAAGGUGAAUUAUUAUAGUGAAGGUGUGCAGAGACCAAUUUGGUUUCUGUGGGUGAAUCUAAAUGGUGUUUUCUUGUUACCACACGUCCUCUCUCCUCGCCUUCUCAAAACGCAUUUGUAGAGCAAGUCAGAGGUUCCUCCCCUCGGACCUUCUCUUCCAAUGGGUUUUUGAGAAGGAAGCGAGGAGAGAGGAUGCGAGGAGUCACGGAAAUACAAUUGAGAUGCACCCGACAACUCUUUAGAUGCUGCUUCAGUU